GCGUUCCCGGGAGUUUCCGUUUCUUUCUCUUUUUUUCCCCCCCUUGAAGAGACGAGCGUGUUCGUGUCAGGGUCCAACGCUGCCGUGUCAUUGUGCUCAGAAAGGGGAAACGCGUGGUCAGCAGUACAGUUGGCUUCACUGCAGCGUUUCUGGUACCUGGUUGUUUGCAAAACCAAUCAUGGAUACAGACAAAAGAGAGGUUUUAGAUGUGCCAGCAACUCAAAAUGAAGAGGAGACAGUAAUGGAACAAGAGGCAAAACUAGAAGCAAUGGAGCAACCCACAGAGCCUGAGAAUCCACCAGCUGCUGUGGAAGAGGUUGACCAGCUGGUGGUGAAAAGCCAAGAAACGGAAAAACCAGUUGUGGUAGAAAAUGUGACGCAGGAAAAUAAAGAAAGCAACAUGGAAAAGCCAGAAGAGGAGUCGGUGCCCCACGCAGCGGCACCAGUAGAAUCAGCAGAGUCAUCAGUAAAGGUCUCUGACCCAGCUGCAGUUUUAGAACAGCAACCUGUGCCAGAGAAUAUUGCAGAGCCUGUGCAAGUUCAACUGGCAGAGACCACCCCUGGACCAGAGCCAGAGAAACCAGCAGAAUCUCUACCACAACAGAAAACUGUACCCAAACUGGCAGAAACUCUACCCGAACCAGCUGUGGAGAAGCCAAUUGAAACCCAGCCACCCAGCAAAGAGACAGAACCAGAACAAGCAAAGACUGAGGAUAAAAUGCCCACCGCAGUGGAGACAAAGAUAGAAAAAGAAGCAGUUGCCGAAACGGUUGUGGUAACUGAAGCUUCACCUGAAAAGUUGGCAGCAGCAGCAAUGGAGAAAGUGCCAUUGGGCGAAAGUGGGGAACCUGCCCCAACCCAGAAGGAACCUGUCAAGUCUGAAUCUGCUAUUCCUGAGGAACCGACAGUAGAAGCUGAAGCUGUCAAAUCUGUGCAGAAAGAACCAGAGCCUCAAAAGGAGGAAGAUCCCGUUCCUGCUCCCAACUCGCUGUCUUUUGCCCUCCUGGAACACGAGGAAACGAAAGAUGCCCUACGAAUUUCUCGCACGCUUAUUGUCCUCAGGGGCCUUCCUGGAAGUGGCAAAAGCUUUUUGGCACGCACUAUAGCAGAUGCCUACAAAGACCAGUGUUCUGUUUUCUGUGCUGAUGACCACAACAUAAAGCCUGAAAAUCCCUCUGCUGAAGGGUACAAAGCUCUGGAUGAUGCUAUAGUGGCUCGCUGCUGUGACGGGGCGGCAUCCUCUGUGCUGAUCGUGGUGGAUGAUACCAACCACACCCAUGAUCGACUUGCCAGCCUGGGAGAGAUUGCAGAGGAACACAAUCUUGUCGCCAUCUUCUUGGAGCCACAAACCGAAUGGAGCAGAGACUUGAGUCAGCUGAAAAAGAAGACUGGCCGUGGACUAGAGGAGGCCCACCUGGAUGCAAUGAAGGGUCCACUCAAUGAAACGUCCCUUCCUCUUUAUUUCGGCUGGUUUCUUUUCUCCUCAGUACAGGACAAGGUCGGAUGCACAGCAAUGGACUUCUUGAAAACAUUGGACACCCUGGAAGGCUUCAAAAAACACAUUGCUGACUUCACAGAACAACCUGAGAAGGAGGUGGAUCUGGAGCAGUACUUUGAGACCAAGGGAAUCCUCCACUGCACUACAAAGUUCUGUGACUAUGGGAAAGCAGACGGUGCGAGCGAGUAUGCAAAGAAUCCAGUGGUUAAGAAGUGCUACGGCUCUGUGUUCGAGCUGUCGCUGACUGCUCUCUUCGUCACCCCUCGCACCGUUGGUGCCAGAGUGUGCCUCACCGAUGAGCAGCUCAAGCUUUGGCCAGCGGAUACAGAAAAGGAGUCUGAGGCAGAUGUUCCCGGAUCCGCGUCUCUGCCUGUUGGAAGCCGUGCCCACAUUACGCUGGGUUGUGCGAAGGAUGUGGAGCCGGUUCAGACAGGCUUAGAUCUGCUCCAAAUCCUAACCCUGCCUCAAGGCGAGGUGGUCGAAGAGAUGGAGCUCGGCUCGCUGCGAUAUUACGGUGAAGGAAGGUGGAUGCUCGGCCUCAGAGAGCCAAUCUGUGCUGCGGCUUGCUUCUCCAGCUUCUACGGACGCAAGGAGCAGGAGGAGCAGCAGCAGCAGUCACCUAAAAAAGAACCAGAAAAGAAAAAGAUGAAGAAGUGUGCUAUUCUGUAGAUGAAAACGGUUGUGUCAGGGGGUGUGGUUGGUGAAUUAAAACUUAGGCUUACUUUAUGAAAGAUUGGUGUUUGUGCAGCAUUUAGGGCUUCAGUUAUAGCCACCCUAAAUCCACAAACGAUGUGCCUUUAUAAUGUUGAUUUGCA